ACAAGACUCAGAAUCCAGAGUCCAGUUUAGUAUAGAAUUUCGCACUGUUCGUAUUUGCUUGAAGUUUUAGUCUUAUCAUUCCGAUGAUAUUUAAUUCUUUGUUUACAUUGCUAUUAAAUUAAACCAUUGUAGACGACAAUGAAGAAGGGAUAUAAGGUGACGGACGUUAAUAGAGAAAAGAAAAUCGGCGUUGCCGCGGAAAAUUUACAAGAGCUUAUUGAGAAAUCAUGCAGAAAAUUAGGCUUCAAUGUCAGCUGCGCGGAGUGCCGGCUACACGUCGCAGAGGAUGGCACAUUGGUGGAUGACGACGAAUACUUGAAGACCUUACCGCCACAGACACUAUUCAUAUUAUUGCAGAAAAAAGAACAAAUGGUAACUGACUUUGAUUACUACUACAAUUUGAUUAGAACAGCAAAGAAAGAUUUCAUUGAUACGGGACUUGCUGCGAAAGAGUUUCUUGAUACAAAUCUACGGGAAAAAUUCAAGGUUUUCCAGAGAUAUAUUGUUGCAGCCGAUAAUGCCAAGACUAUGCUUAGUGAGAGAAGUCAACAUCCAGAAUGGUUUGAAGGUCUUGAGCCUUCAGAGAAAACAAAAGAACAAUCCAUGUCCAAACGCGUCAAAGAAAGAAUGAGGGGUUAUUACUACAAAACAAAAACAGCUUUACAAUCUUCUGAACUGUAUACAUGUUCCAGGAAUGGGCACGGUAAGAAACUUAUUGACCAGUUCCUCUUAGAUCUACGUAAGUUGUUGGAGAGUAGCAAAUAUAACGAAGGAUAUUUUAACAGAAAGCAUGAGAAAGAGAUAAGACUGUGCAAUGAAUCUGGUCUUUUUGAAUGUGGCGGGCUGUGGAAUAAUGAAAAGUGUGCUUACGAAAAUGAACAUAUCAUUAAUCCAUACAGAAGUCGUGAAGAACGCAUUAUAUUUCAAACAUGGAAUAUGGAUCACAGAAUCGAAUUAUCUAGAGCUAUAAUACCACAGAUUAUCCAAGCCAUUGACAAUAUAUAUAAAGGCGAUGCGACCUGCAGAACUUGUCUUAAAGAUUCUCUAUGUUACAAUAUUGAAACUGAUAGAUAUUAUCUACAAAUAUUUACGCGGGAAAAUUUGAAACUUGUUCACAUUGUUUGUCAUUAUAAAGGCAAACAUGAAGCAGAGUCUGGUGUUUACACCAUUUGUAAUAAGUGUAUGGCAAAAUAAAUCUAAUUGUAUAUUUUUAUCUAUGAACUUUAAAUUAUAUUAAAAUAAGAUAAAACAAUUAAGAAUAAGAAUCCAACGAGAUAUUGCAACAUCAUGUUAAAUGUUAUAUGAUUUAUUCUUCUUUGUACUUAAAAACUUGUUAAAAUUUCGAGAGUAUUUUUAAGUAUAAAUUUAACACCUGUUAUAAUAUGUAUACUCUUUUGGUAUAUUUAUUAAAAGAAGUUUUUGAGUUAAACAUUACAAUGUAUUUUAAAUGUAUUGAGAUCUAAUCUGAAUAAAGUUAGCACUAAGCAGAUCGAUUAAAAAAAAAACAAUUAAAUAGUAGGUACCUACUGUAUAGAAAUAUGUGUGACUAAAGUUAUUAUUUUUGCAUUUCAUACAUAUAUUGAUUUAUUUUUUAUAUGAAAUAAAUAUUCAGAAUCUAUAGAAAUCACUCACAGACACAGUCUUGUGUCAUAUAUAACUAAGGUAAUGGAACAAUAAUAAAAUUAUUGCCCCAAUUAAGGGCAAUGUCCUUAAUAUAUCAAGUAGCCUUUCUAAGUAGUGAUUAUUUACAUUUUAUUAUUGUUGUAAUUAUUGUCAUUAGAUAAAGUUUUCUAUUCCUUAAUUGAUCUCCUGUCCCUUGAGUUAGAUUUAAGAUAUUUGUUACUGGCUUUACUUAGUUUCAUAUAAGAUAUAAAAUGU